GCUGGGCCAGGAGCAGGCUGCCUGUGGGGCUGCCCGGCCUCGGGAGGAGGAGAAGCAAGAGCUGAGCCAGGGCCGUCUCUCCAGCCGGGCCGGACCAUGAGCGAUGACUUAACUUUUUGGGAAAACACCACCGACAGCCCCACGACGGUGCCCAGCGAGGUGGGCACGCAGGAUGGGUACGUGCUGCUCCUGGUGCUGCUGUCCAUCUUCAUUGGGGGGACCCUGGUCCUGCUGUCGGGAAUCCUGAUCCUCUGCCGGCGCUGCUGGGAGACGGACCGCAGGUAUUCCAGAGCCAGCGAUGAUCCGGAGAAGACCACCGCCACGUACCUGGAUGACUCUCAGCCAGCUCAAGAUAUCACCAUCAAGGUAGACGAUCCCGACUGCCUAUCAUCCUCCAGCUACCGGGAUGUGGAGACCGAGCGCUUCCUGUCCACUGGCUCCACUGGCCGGCGUGUCUCCUUCAACGAGGCCGCCCUCUUUGACCAGAGCAAGAAGGCGCAGGAGAAGGGGAGGAGGUACACGCUGACCGAGGGGGACUUCCACCACCUGAAGAAUGCCCGGCUCACCCACCUCCACCUGCCCCCGCUCAAGAUCGUCACUAUCCACGAAUGCGACCCCGGAGAGAACAUCCUCGCCUUGAAACCCCAGCGGCUCCCUCCCGCCCCCAAGCCCCACCUCUCCAUCUUCCAGCCUCAGCCCAGCGCCCUGCCGCUGGAGGCCCCCACCGGACAUGCCGUGUGCCCUAGCUCGGCCCUGCCCGGGGACACCUACAACUCCACCGUUGACACCAGCUUUGUGGAGACCGCCAGCCCGUCCGUCUCCAUGGAGUCUGGGGAGGGCCCAUCGGGCGAUGCGGGCAGCGGGGCGGGCGAUGGUGGCAGUGGGGAGGAGGCCUCCCCGGCACCCGGCCAGGGCACCGUGCUGCAGUUCUUCACCCGCCUGCGGCGCCACGCCAGCCUAGAGGGCACCAGCCCCUACUUCAAGAUCAAGAGGUGGACGCUGAAGAGCAACCAGCGGGCCUCGAGUCUGGACACCAGAGGCUCCCCCAAGCGACACCACUUCCGGCGGCAGCGGGCAGCCAGCGAGAGCAUGGAGCAGGAAGAGCGGGCCCCCGCCCAGGUGGAUAGCAUCCAGUACAUCGCCCGCACGGAGCACGUGGCCUUCCAGGCCCCAGCCGGCCCCUUCCUGGCGGCCCCCGCCAGCCCCCCACCCGCUCUCGGCAGGUUAGAGAAGGCGGAGGCGGCCGCGGUGGCAGCAGGAGCCCCCGACGGCCCCGGGGCCCCGGAGGGGAGAAGCGGCGGUAGGCCGGAGCGGCGGCCGGAGGAGGAGCGGGAGGAGGAGCGGGAGGAAGAGCGGCAGCAGCAGCAGCAGCAGGAGGAGCAGCAGCAGGCGGCCCCCCCGGCGACGACCCCCACACCCACCAUCUACCGGGACAUCUGGAGCCUGCGGGCUUCGCUGGAACUGACGGCCGGCUCGGAGCCGGGCGGGGCCAACAACGACCGGGACUCGGUGCGCAGCGGCGACAGCGCGGGCUCGGCCGGCGGGGGGCCGGGCGCCGACGGGCCGCCGGGCGCCGACGGGCCGCCGGGCGCC